AUGAUGAAACCUGCUGGAGUUUGUUGGGACUGGUCUAAAUCUUUUUCAGAAGAAUCCAAGGACGGGAUGAGUUCACUAGCCUUCCUAGUGACUGAACUUGAAUUGCAGUCCCUUGCCAACGAGUCGAGGAGAAAGCAUCCAGAAAUACGCGAGGCAGCAGAGAAGUCGCUUGCGAUACUUAGGUCCUCUCCAGGGCAAACGACAGCAUCUUUGGCCUCUGACAGUAUACAGUCAGACGAUCUUCUUCGUCCGCUGUUUAUGGGAUGCGCAACGAAGAACGCCAAAGUCGUCGCCAUCUCGUUGGGGUCGCUGCAGCGGUUGAUAGCCCUCAAGGCUGUACCGCAGUCUGCUGUCGCACUCAUCGUAAGCACAAUGAACGAUGCCAUGAGCCAAGGCGUAGACAUUCAACUUCGGAUCCUGCAAACCUUAGUCUCCUUGAUCACCGAUUUUCCUUCGAUACACGGAGAGCUCCUGGGAGAGGCAUUACUUCUCUGUUUUAAGCUGCAGGAUUCCAGGAUCGCUGUAGUCUCUUCAACAGCUGCAGCUACCCUGCGCCAACUGGUCAUGAUUAUCUUUGGAAAAAUGUUCAACGAGGAUCGUCAAGAGAGCAACGGCACUCCGGACCUGUCUCAAGCGGCGCUUCCGGACGGUAGCACCAAAGUGUUAGGGCCUUGCGCCAAAGAUGCAUUCUCUGUCUUCGAAGAUCUUUGUCUCCUCGCAACUUCAGAGAAGCUCAACUUCUUGAAGCUCGACUACCUACAUAAGACCUUCGCUUUGGAGUUAAUUGAGAGUGUACUUGCGAACUACCACAAGCUGUUCAGGAAGGCAAGUUUGUCGAUCCCAUUCAACAGACAUGUAUUUCCGUUGACACUCAGAUGCACGCGAGUUGUGUUCUUGAUCUUGACGAAGUUCUUAUUCGAGCUGGAGGCAGAAGUUGAAGCAUUCCUAAUGAUUCUCAUAAGAAUGGUCUCAGAAGAUUUCGACGCGUCGAAUCCGGAUCAUUCUGGCUCACGUCCAAUAUGGACAAGGGUCCUUGCGAUGGAGAUAAUGAGAGGGGUAUGCAGCGAUGCCGAGCUUGUGCGAAACAUAUGGGAUCGCUAUGACGCGCAGCAGCCGGGCUCCAAGGUCUUCAGCUCUCUUGUGAUUGCGUUGAGACGCCUUAUUACUGAGAAACCUGUUCUACUCGGAGUGAGCGCGCAGAUGAUGGGAGCCGGAAUUUCUCAUGCUGAUGAUAGUGCUGCACCAUCGGGAUCCAAUUACGGUCUGGAGAGCGUGCAGAAUUCGGCCAUGAAGGUGCAAUGUAUCGAUCAAUUAGACAAAGCGGACUCGCCACCGAUCCCCGAAGCAUACAUUUACCUUCUCGCUGUCCAGUGUAUUGUCUCCCUAUGUGAAGGCUUCGCGUCGUUCACCGGCCCACUGGCCACGUCCAUCAUCGUUCAACAUCCUCAAGCGGCUGGCGAGCCCGUCAUUCGUGCACCUGCCGCUCUUGACCUCUCUACACUCCCGCAGGACGAUCCUGCAACUCAGCACCUCAUCAUUGUGCGUUGUAUGGUUGAGAGCGGCUGGCCCGCGCUUCUCGCAGCCCUUUCCUUCAUUAUCUCGACAAAUCUGUCAGAUGAGCUCUUUGUGGACGUCCUUAGCAGCUAUCAAGCCUUGACGAACGUUGCGGGGAUGCUCGCCCUCAGCACCCCUCGCGACGCAUUGUUCAACGCGCUCUCUAAAUUUGCGAUACCUUCCCGAGUAGUGUCCAGCUUGGAGUCUUACGUUGAACCUCCGACGCCCCGAACGUCAAAUUCCUUCACAGAUAACCUGGGGUUGACAGCACCUAUCCAAGCUCCAGGACUUUCCGAGCGAAAUCUAGCAUGUCUCAAAGUGUUGGUAUCUAGUGCCCUUUUCCUCGCCGGGAGCCUAGGAGAGAGCUGGUAUGGCAUUCUGGAAGCUUUACAGAACGCAGACUAUAUCUUGAACAUCAAAGCAUCUACCAACCGGCGGAUGGGCACACCCAUACCACCCCGUCCAUCCGUGUCAGCGAUGAGCUCUGCUGAACGGGGGGAAGUGGGUCGUCACUCCCUCCUCAAGGAUAUCGAUUCAGAGAGCGUGCUCGCUGCCGUGCAGCGCCUCUUUGAUGCGUCCAAAAACCUGGAGGAUUCAGCUUUUCAGGACUUUGUCGCCGCGCUCUGUAAACUUAGCUCAAAGAUGGUCGGGAUGCAAUCUGGUGGGAAUACGCUGACGGAGUCAGACGAUUCCUUGAGUCCUGUACCGAUUUCUCCUCACAGAAAGCGCGUCAGCAGAAUUCAUCUGCCGCGCACGCUGCGUCAGAGCGAUUUCGGUGUGGAGCGACUGGGUUCAGUAGCAAUGCUGAACCUUCAUCGCCUCAUCUAUUGUGCACCUGAGGUUGCAUGGAACACUACAACAAAUCAUCUUCUGUGGAUCAUGGGUCUCUCCGCAGCGCCGCAGUCAAUACGAGUGCAAGCAGCACGCGUUCUCAAUGAAAUCCUUACUGUGGUCUCGCGUAACUUGUUACCCACUGGAGACCUGCAGGCCCAAGUAAAGCGUCGCAUUCUCGACAUUCUAUUUAAACAGAUAGUACCCGCAUCAUCCGACGUCCCAGUGACGAGCACGAAUAUCGAGCUCCGGCGAAUGGGAUUGGAGACCCUGUACCAAAUUCUACAGGCGUCCGGACAUACUCUUGUUGUCCGGUGGGGUAGCAUUUUUGAGAUGCUAGGGAGCAUCUGUAAACCUGCGCCUCUCUCCAGAUCUCAGUCGGUCGAUUCCACCAGCACGCUAUCGCUUCAAGAGACGCCCCGUCAAAAACCACUGCCUCUGGGAUACGUUGAUGACCGCGAAUACACGACACUGGUGAAGAUCGCCUUCCAGUCCCUCAAACUUAUCUGCGACUCCGUGUCUGUGUUAUCCCCUGAAGACUUACGGCUUUGCAUCACAACCCUUGGACAAUUCGGUCGACAAGCUGACACGACCAUUGCGCUUGCUACUGCAGAAAACCUUUUCUGGUGUGUGUUAGAUUCGAUCCAGGUAAAGCGGAAGGAUGCAGAGGUGGAACCGGGAUAUAGCGCGCUGUGGAUGUGUUUGCUAGAAGUUCUGGGUCUCUGUACUGACGCUAGACACGAAGUUCGUGUUGGCGCUAUCAAGACCCUUUUCCGUGCAAUGCAAAUUUACGGCGCCACGUUGACUCUGGACACAUGGAAUGGCUGCAUAUGGAAGAUCAUAUUUCCGCUACUCGACGCAAUAUCUAUCGAAACCCGGCGCAGCGUCUUUGAGCCCGGAGCUCUGCUGAACUCUGGUCUGGCAGCACAGUCUCCCGAACAUGCAUGGGACGAAUCGAAGAGUCUCGCAUUGCAGUCGAUUGGAUCUAUUACCAGCGAAUUCCUAGUCAACAAGAUCAUGCAUCUGGACUCCUUCUCGAAAGCAUGGUCCGUGCUUGUUACCCACGUUCACGAUACCGUAUCCUUGGACCGCCGAAACUUAAGUCCGCCUGCACUGUUUUGUUUGGGGAAAGCGGUGAAAGCGCUUUCUGGCGCAGACGCCUCUCUGCAAGUCAAAGUGUCGGAGGCUUGGGAAUGCGUAUGGAAGGCAUGCAGUGAUAUAGGGAGCAUGGUUCUUCAGGAUGGGAGAUCUCAGCUCUCUCCGAGUACGAAUGCGGCACAGCUCCACCGUGCAUUCACUCAGGAGAGUUUGGUUACUCUUGUCGACGUCAUACGGAGCACACGUUCCAUUAGUCUGACCCAGACAAAGGAAUGGCCGCUUCAACGCCUCAAUCGUCUGAUGGAAAUCCUCAAGGGUAUUCUUAUUUAUCCUAACUCGACGGACUACCGCCCGGAUGUUGAUGGUUUAUCACCUCUCCAGGUAGUGGUCUUAGACGCUAUCGCGGAUAUUAGCCCAAUGGGACCUGGUGUCCCAUCUCUCAUCCUACAAUAUCUCUCGGAAUUUAGCACACUUCCGUUUCCGGUUGUUUUUCAUGCGCCCGUCUUGUCUCCCGAUUCCCCGGGAACGCCUAUUGCGACAUCGUUUCAAAAACAAAACACGUACAUUGCGUUAUCCAAGAAGGUCAUGCCACUUAUCGUAGAGUUGUACAUGUGCUUCAAGGAUGAGCUCGAGAUCUAUGAAGAUGGGACUAUGGAAGCUGUCUUCUCGGCCUAUUCAAUAUCGAUAAAGUUAAAGUACGAGUAUCCUGCUCCAUUAAAGUUUGGCAGAGAUGCUCUGUGGAAGACCGCGACAACAAGUUUUCUCCGUAUAGUCACCGACUCGGUCAAAAGAAUGGCAGCAUUCGGCGAUCGUAUAUCCGAUACUCGAGUUGAGGGCAUAUGGCGACAAAUCAUUGAAGUACUUCGGGGUGGCAUUUUGGCCGACCGUACUGCAACAGAGGGUUUCUCACUCGAAGAUCAGGAAGCGGAGGAAAGCUUCGAUCUCUCUCUCAUCAGCUCAUUGGAGAUUGAUAUUGUGCCACAUUUGGGAGACACAAGAGUCCCUGAUCACCUCAUCGUACAGUUGGCAAAGGUUUUGCACAAAGGCAGCCAGCUGUAUAAGUCCAGUACGGAUCCCUCACACCUUGAUUCGCCCUCGAUAGAUACCGAUGUGUCAGACGACUCUUGGGACUCGUAUGACUUCGAGAAGGUGGACCUCGACAUCGGAUCAACUACACGUGGGGUCCUGGUUCCGAGGGAGCGAUUUUCGUUUUGGUGUUUUGAUCUUUUGUUCUCGAUAUGCUCUAAUGUUACAAGCGGUAACCCAAUGCAUCUGCGCGUAUUUCCAGAGCUAACUAUUCUCCUAGACCAAGAGUCUUCAAGGAAGCGAAUUGCUGCACUUUGUCUACCAACCUUGCUUGAUCGAUGUAAAACUAUAAUGGUGAACUAUGUUGCUGACGAGGCUCUUCGGGGUUAUGUGCCUUUCCCGAGGGCUCGUGAAGAUGAAUUGUUGUAUAUACUUCGCAAGGUCCUGGAUUUACGGCUUUCGUCAGGAAUUCUGUGGGCUGCACUGUCAGAGUCGCCAUCGAAAUUUAGUGUUUCUCAACCCGCUAUCGAUGUCACUCUUUCACCGUCUGCACUCAUUGCGGAUGUGGCGCAACGGUCGCCAGUCGCUCAUCUCUUCUAUUUCUAUUCGGUGUUGUGUGAAAUCGCUUCUAUCCCUCGGAAGACACCAUCAACAUGGGUGAUCACGAAUUCCUCGCUACUCGAAAAGGAGAGGGGAGGCAAUUUUCUGCAGCCUCAUAUCGGUGCUCUGGAAGAGGGUGGCGAUGUAAUGGAGAUAGAUGCAAGAACACUGGCGAGGAAGGCAUUACAGGUUCUCGGGAAGGGGAUGGGAGCAAUUUAGCAAUGGGUGCUUUCAUCUGGUUUGCAAGAGCUAUCCUAUUCUCAUCUUAAUAUCCAUGACCUGCCACGAUCGACUUGAAUGGGUAGUACAGGUUAUCUAUCGGAACGUGCACUAGAAGGGGUAGGCACAUCAGUGCCGAUGUCACCCUGCUUUGCGCCGAGUACUUCCAUCAACUCCUCCCGACCAAAUAUAUGAG